AAAGCACUUUUUAGGACUACCUCUGUUAUUCUCUUUAUUCUCUUCUACUGUCACCUCAUGAAUACCAUCAAAGGUGUCCGACUGAAAUGGGCUGAGGUUUUUGAAGACCCUAGUCUUACUCAGGAAUCGCUCAGAGCACGAGCUGUUUCGCAACAUGCCAAUUUAGGCAUUGAUGGGAUUCGUUCUAUCUGUUGGAAGGUCUACCUAUCGUGCCUGCCUUCAUUAGAUACUUCAUCAUGGCCAUAUGCAAUGAGUACAAAGCGUGAGCAAUACAAGGAACUGCGCAAGAAAUACAUUCGGUCAAUUGGGAGUGAUGAUGGGGUAGAGCCAGAUCUAGAAGUCAACAAUCCCCUCAGUUUAGCCAAGGAUAGUCCAUGGCAACAGUUUUUUGUUGAUUCAGAAUUAAGAAAGGUUAUUAAGCAGGACGUGGAUCGAACUUUACCCGAUAAUGAUUUCUUUCGAUCAGAGAAAGUCCAGGAACAAUUGAAUGAUAUCUUGUUCAUAUAUUGUAAAAUCAACAGCGAUGUGUCUUACCGCCAAGGAAUGCAUGAGUUGGUUGCGCACAUUCUCUGGGUCGUUUCGUCUGAAAGUUUGGAUGCUCAUUCCACACCUAGUUUCCCUUCCGAUCCAACUAUAGACAUAAUCAAGAAUGUACUAGAUGCAGAUUCCAUUGAGCACGAUUCGUUCACUUUAUUUUCGGCUCUAAUGAGUCGUGCAAAGCCAUGGUAUGAAUUCAGUGAUGAUACCAUGGUCAGUAGAAAACCCAAGAUCCCUAACGCAAACAGCCAUACCCAGCUAUUUGGUAGAGCAGAAAGUCCGGAGCCCACACCAGGAAAGCAAACUCCAGUGAUUGAAUGGUCUAGGAAAAUAUUUUAUUACUUGGAAAAAAUUGAUAACGAGCUGUACUUGCACCUGAAAAACCUUGAUAUCCAGCCUCAGCUCUUCGGCAUUCGCUGGUUUCGCUUGCUCUUUGGACGGGAGUUUCCUAUGGAGGAUGUUUUAACUAUUUGGGAUGGCAUCUUUGCUCAGGACCCAAAUCUUGAAAUAUGCAUUUUUAUUGGUCUAGCGCUGCUCUUACGCAUUCGAGAUGAUUGUAUGUGUUUAUCAUAGCUUUUAUCCCGUAUAAAAUGGAUGGGAAAGUUCAUCAACUAGGAACAAUUAG